AUGUUGCAUGGUGGUCAGCAGCUGACCAUUGCGUCCAUUCGAGAACGUUUCUGGCCCACCAACAUUCGCAAUCUCGUGCGGAAAGUGAUUCACGAAUAUGUACCUUGCUUUAGAGCGAAACCACGGAUUCAAGAUCAACUUAUGGCUGACCUCCCAACGGAGAGAGUCACUCCUUGUCCACCAUUUCUACGAGUUGGAGUUGACUAUUGCGGACCGUUCAAUGUUGCAUACCAUCACCGCCGCAAUCGUCCUACAAAGGUCUUCGUUGCUGUUUACAUUUGCUUAGUCACCAAGGCUGUGCACUUGGAGCUAGCUGCAGAUCUCUCCGCUCAAGGCUUCAUCGCAACAUUGAAGCGAUUUACUGCCCGGCGUGGCGAACCAGAAAUAAUUAUGUGCGACAAUGGCCGCAAUUUUGUCGGUGCGAGACGUCGCCUCGAGGAACUACAUAGGUUGUUCAGUGAUCAGCAGUUCCAAUCAACCGUGACCAGACACUCCACAGACGAGCAGAUUGUCUUUCGUUUCAUUCCACCACGUUCGCCCAACUUUGGUGGAUUGUGGGAGUCGGCUGUCAAGUCUUUCAAGCUGUUGCUUAAACGAACGAUUGGCUUGCGAACACUUCUUUAUGACGAGAUGAAUACAAUACUGGCACAAGCAGAAGCCGUUUUAAACUCGAGACCGCUGACUGCGCUCAGUAAUGAUCCGGACGACUUCGAAGCAUUAACUCCAGGUCACUUUCUAAUUCAGCGAACCCUCACGGCUAUUCCGGAACCUGAUCUAGAUGGUAUUCCCGAGAAUCGCCUUACAGCCUAUCAAACGGCUCAGCGGCACAUCCAACAACUGUGGAAGAAAUGGUCAAAAUUAUAUCUUUCGGAUCUUCACAACCGGACAAGGUGGACUAUUAGACGGAAUAACACCGUUGUAGGGACUAUGGUGGUCCUGAAAGAAGAAGAACAACCUCCUUUGAAGUGGAAACUGGGUCGUGUGAUUGAUAUUCACAGUGGUGGAGACGGGCAUGUAAGAGUUGUUACCGUCAAGACAAAGGACGGCAGCUACCGCAGAGCAAUCUCGAAGGUCUGUGUAUUACCAAUUCGGGACAACAUUUUGACAUUAAAUGGGGAAAACUAG